AUGAAACGUCAAUUCUUUCUACACGUGCCCACCUCCUUCUUCGUCGUCGCUCUCGUAUCUCGAUUAAGGAUCACUUCUGACAUUGGUUUGUCGGCUCCUCCGCCAGCAGGUUACGCGCAAGGGCUGAUUGGUGGAGUGUGGACAACCCGUUAUGCUCACGUCCUCCACGGAAACGCAUCUACAAAGAGUCAGUGGGCGACUCGGGUCGAAGAAAACGAAGACUGGCUGCUUGACGUGUCGUGCGCAGAAAGCAUCGGAUGCACACGGCUUAAACUUCAUUGUACUGGUUAUCAAGAUGUGUUCAGAAGUUUUGACUUGUCGCAACAACCAUCUGCAAUUCGAGCUCACAAGCCCGACCGAACAGCCGCCAGCGUCGAUUGCCAACUCAGCACCUUUCAAGGAAGUGACAAGGAGCGCCAACUGUUUGAAUAUUUCCGCACAAGAGUUGUCUUCCAGCUCAGUGGCUUCCUUGAUGAAGACUUUUGGAUCACGACGGUUCUGAAAGUCUCCCACUCGGUGUCAUCGGUCCAUCGUUUGGCGAUUGCCAUUGCGGCAUAUAUUGGAGAACAUGACAGACAUUCCAGAACAACAAUGCCUCAGCAGUCUUGGAAUGCCUCUUUGAAAUACUAUCAAACUGCCCUUUGCAAGGCAAAUCGGUAUACAGAAUCUGUAGACCAGGAACUUGUGGCUAUACUAAGCUGCCCCCUUUUUCUGUGUAUGGAGUUUCUGCAAGGGAAAAAACUACAGGCCAUGUCCCUCUUCCUGCAUGGCUACCUUCUCAUGAGAACUUUCCAAGAGCAAAACUCCCGAAACUCUGCUAUAUCUAGGUGGGCAGUAGUCUACGAGAGUCUAGGUCCCGUGUACAACAGACUUAUGAUGAUGUCAAAGCUGUUCGGCCACAGUUUCCCAACUGACUAUUCCAACCUGGCAUUUCUACCUGGCUCAAACCCAACACCAUCAUCCACUUUCAACAAUCUCACUGUAGUUGCGAAGCCAAGGCAACAGUCAGGACAAUGGAUCGUCCGAAGAAUAUACGAGUUGCUCGGUCGUCUUGCCGCGUCGUGGAAGCCACGGGUGGUCUUCCAAUGGAUCCCAAGCGAAUCCGCGACCCGCGGCAGUGAACUGGCGCAUGACUUGGCUCGGAGAGCAGCACACCCAAAUCGCCAGAUCCCGGUAGGGACGAAGUUGAAAUCGACCGCCAGAAGGAAGCCGAAAGGAACCCACGACGAACAGAGGAAGCAGUUCGAGGCGCGCCCCGGUGGCCGGUACACGAAACAGCUCGAUCGUGCUCUCCCUGGCAAACACACGCGAAAGCUCUAUGAUAACCUCAAACGCGACGAGGCGCAAACCUUGGCUCAACUCCGAACGGGGAAGAGCAGACUCAACAGGGCCCUUUACAGGAUCAAAGCGGUGGACUCGGACCAGUGUGAAUGGUGCCGCCGGCCCGAGACGGUCAGACACUUUCUGACGGAGUGCACGCGUUGGACCUUGCAGCGCCAACAAUAUCUUCACGCAACUACGGAGCGGUGGAUGGACGUGUCAUUCCUUCUGGGAGGGUGGACCAAUGAAAGAGUGGAUGGACCGCUCAAGAAAUGAAAACCGAACAUGGAAGCGGUCAGAGCGACAAUCCGCUUUACGAAAGCCACCGGUCGAUUGAAGCUCGACCCUGAACAAAGGAGGUAACCCCGAUUUGAGAAUUGAACGAGCCCACACCCGACAGUUCCUGUGCCGAUGAAAGAACAGCAACACUCAAGAAGAACAGACUUGAGGGCGAAGUGUGUAGCUCGUAAGGGGAUCACAGCAGCCGCGAGGGUCGUAUGCCGCCGAAGGACCAACAGCAGGAAGUACCAUGAACCGGGACGUUCGCCUGUAGCCAUGUAGAACUAGCUAGUCCCCAUUGGGCUUAGCCC